CAGGCGAGCUGAGCAUGAUUGGGGCUAUGCCAGCUGUGGCGGUGCGCCACGAAAGAAGGCGUCAGGAGAAACGCACCAAGAGACCCAGUCUGCUCUACCUGCAAUCCCCCCCUAGCAGGUCACCCACCCCUUCACCACUCCAGUCGCCCCCUGCCCUCUCGGGGCACUGUGCAGGGGGCCAGGGGCCACCGCCUGAGGUCUAUGUUUGCGGAAAGGUGUCAGUACUACACAUAGUGGUUGUCUCGCUGCUCUUGGGAGCUGUCCUCCUCAUAGUCGGUCUAGUCCAACUGAAACCUAGAGCAGAUGCUUCACAACACAGGUUUGUCCUUCUAGGCAGCGGUGCCUUCCUAAUGCUCUUCGGCAUAGUUCUUGCCAUCGUCCGUUGUUGUGUGCUUCCCUGGGCAAUCCGCAAGCGACACCAGCGCCAUCACGCGGCCGCUGCCACAGCCGCAGCAUCCAAGGACACCGCUGACGUCAUCAACGGCAAGCUGGCAACAGCGCACGCGCGGCAACACCACGAGAGCGGUGUUGCCGGUUCGGGCACACCGCGCGCUAGCCUGACGUCACAACAGCAGCGUCCCUCCAACGCGACCGUGCUUUCGCCCACUGAACAGGAGACGCUCAUCAGCAAAGCGGCAACAGUGCAUCAUCAGGCGCAUGUCGAGACUUGAGCAAUGUUUGCAAAUAAAAAUGCUGAAUUGUCAUUUUUAUAAGAGGUUUUCAUCUGGAGCAUUUGAGACUUGAACGCUGCUUGAAAAAACGCUGCUAAAUUGUCGUUUUUAUACAGUUGCAAAAGUUCAUCUGGUGCCUACUAGGACGACUUAAAGGCUGCUUGCAAAUAUUGCCAAUGUGUCAUUUUUAUAUGGAUAGUAUAGAUACAGCUAGCUUCCAUUAUGAGACAAUGCCACCUGUAAAUUCAUCAUUUGUCAUUUUUAUAAGGAUAAUCUGCAAAAGUUGAUUAGUUGGUGCAUUCUGGGACUUAAACGCUGCUUGCAAAUGAUGCUGAGGUGUCAUUUUUUAUAAUUGUGAGGAUUGUAUUGCAACCUUAGCUAUCUUCCAACUGAAGACAUUGCUGCAAACAUUCAUCAGUUGCCACUUGUAUAAAGAUACUACAGGAGAUGAUCAGGUGAUAACUGGACUUGAACGCUGCUUGAAAAAACGCUGCUAAAUUGUCGCUUUUAUAAAGAACAGUUUUGCAAUAGUUUACCACGUGCAUACUGGGACUUGAACGCUGCUUGAAAAACCGCUGCUAAACUAUCGCUUUUAUAAAGAACAGCGUUGCAAUACUUUAUCGCGUGCAUACUGGGACUUGAACGCUGCUUGGAAAAAACGCUGCUAAAUUGUCGCUUUUAUAAAGAACAGUUGCAAAAGUUCAUCAGGUGUGUAUUGAGACUUGAAGCUUCAACGCUGCUUAGAAAUAAUGCUGAUGUGUCAUUUUUAUAAAAAUAUAAUUGUAAGGAUUAAUGAUCAUAACUUGCUUCCUCUACAGUAUAGCCUACAUUGCACAAAAUUGAAUUGAAUGAUUGAAAAAAUCUUUAUUAAUCAAACGUGUAUAAAUACCAUAUAAAUAGUGUGACAAAUUUAAGUGAAUACUAAAGCUGCGUUUACACCAAAGUUAUUAUAUAACAAAAUGUUUAUUCUU